ACAAAAAAACAAUACCCAGUUUGGACUGACCCUAUAACACCCACUAUAACCAACCACGGAGCCAAGAUGAGAGUCGAGGUGCCCAUAUUCCUCUUUCUGGCCGCAACAGGAUUCCAUACUGCUCUCGCUGCAUCCCUGGAAUCGGCAGAAAAAAAGGACACAUUUGCCGAGGAUGUGGGGCUGGAGCAGCUAAGUGACCUGCAAAAGAGAGAUCAGGAGGAGUUCGAAGCAGCGCAAAUGAAUGAGGAUGCACAUAGUGAAGAUGUACGCUACUUGGAAGCUGUUCAAGAUGAAAAUACUGAACAGAAUGCCACUCAGGAGGAGGACAUGGCAGACAGAGACAGAAACGUUGAUGCAGACCAUGAGGAGUCCGAGUCUGAUGAGGAUGUAGAUGGUAUGAGGCACAAGCGAGAAUACCUUGAAGCCGACGUUGAAGCCAAUAAAACUGCCAAUUUAGACUUUCUAGGACAGAAAUCCAGGGCACUCUAAGACGCCUAUCCCCAGACGCUCAUCUGUGCUUGAUUAAUUCUGCAUCAUCUGCUGUGUCCUGGGUUAUUUAUGGACCCGAGAUGCACCGUUCCUUUCCUAGCCUGUAUGAGUCAACGGAGGCACAUUCUGGACAAAAUAUAGGGUCAAGGUCAUUGUAUACAUGUUGUCCAUCAUCUUAGGGUUUUGAUCCCUGAAAAUAAAUAUCUAUUGUAAUCAUUUACAACUAGUUUCUAGAUCAUGGGGUUACCCUUUACGUGAAAAUUAACUUUACUGGGCAUAAAAGGAGCCCUAAUGUUCUGUAUCAAUGACUUUUCACAGCUUCUGUGCUAGAAUGAUUCAGGUCAGUCAGGAGACGAUGGGGGUUGGUUGAUAAGUCAUACACGUGGCUUUGAGACUCCUGGGGGAGUAGGACACGUGUGUGAUGGUCAGAUAACCUAAAGGAAUCAAUUCUCACUA